UCCCCCGCCCUUCUGCCGUUCCUUACCUUGUUCCUCCUCCCCCCGAAGUUGCGAAUCCCAGAGGCGGCGGCUGUUCAGCGCCAUGUCCCACCAAACCGGCAUCCAAGCUACUGGAGAAGUUCAAGAAACCUUUGCUAGAGCUAGAAAUGGACAAUAUAGGUUUUUGAAAAUAGUUAUUCAAAAUGAGCAGCUUACUGUGGGAUCCGCAAAACAGUGUCAUGGAUCUUGGGAAGAAGAUUAUGAUUCCUUUGUCCUGCCGCUUCUUGAAGACAAGCAGCCAUGCUAUAUACUCUACAGAUUAGAUUCUCAAAAUGCCCAAGGAUAUGAGUGGAUUUUUAUUGCAUGGUCUCCAGACCAUUCUCCUGUCCGUCAAAAAAUGUUAUAUGCUGCUACCCGGGCAACCCUGAAGAAAGAAUUUGGAGGCGGGCAUAUUAAGGAUGAAGUAUUUGGAACAAACAAGGAUGAUGUUUCAUUGAAUGGUUAUCGAAGAUACUUGGUGACUCAAUCUUCACCUGCCCCUCUAACUGCGGCAGAAGAAGAACUUCGACAGAUCAAGAUUAAUGAGGUACAGACUGAAGUCAGUGUUGACACUAAGCAUCAGACCCUACAAGGGGUGGCAUUUCCUAUUGCUAAGGAAGCUCUCCAAGCACUGGAAAAACUGAAAAACAAACAGCUGAACUAUGUGCAACUGCAAAUUGAUAUCAAAAAUGAAACAAUUGUCCUGGCUAGUACACUCCCAACUGAGCUGAAAGACUUGCCGAAAAGAAUUCCAAAGGACUCUGCACGGUACCACUUUUUCCUCUACAAACAUUCCCACGAAGGAGACCACUUGGAAUCCAUAGUGUUCAUCUACUCUAUGCCAGGCUACAUGUGUAGUAUACGAGAGCGGAUGCUGUACUCCAGCUGCAAGAGUCCCCUCCUAGAAAUCGUGGAAAGACAACUGUGGAUGCAGAUCAUCCGAAAAAUUGAAAUUGGUGAUGGUGAUGAGCUGACGCCUGAGUUCCUUUAUGAGGAAGUUCAUCCCAAACAACAUGCACAUAAACAGAGUUUUGCAAAGCCAAAAGGGCCUGCAGGAAAAAGGGGAAUCCGGAGGUUGAUCAGAGGACCAGCUGAAACAGAAACACCUACAGAUUGAAUGUAGUUAUAUCUACUGGGAACAGAAGCAUUGUGAUUGGGGGUGAGGGAGGAAUCCACUCAAGCCUUUAAUAAUGGAAAUGCCAGCUUUCCACAUUGAUCUUUUCCAGGGGAGAGAGAUACAGAUUGAGAAAAAGCAAACCCAUGACUUUCCACUACACUUAUCUGGCUAUGCCACUAUAGAUUUUUAUUAAGGUCCACAGCCUGUGGUUGUAAAUGUAUUAGUUAAAAGCUAAAAUUAUAAACUUGCAGAAUGUUAGCUGUAAAUUGAAUUUAUUUUAUACCUUCAAAAUUCACCACUCUUGUAUUUUCUGUAGAAUCUGUAUAUACCACCAACUUUAAUGGCAAGACAAAUGGAAAUCUUUAUGUUUUUGAAAAUCUUGAAAUUAACUGCAUUGCCUACCUCUCUUAGAGAAUUGCUUCUUUGGGAAAACAAAGCCAGCAACAUGCUUUGUAUCGUCACUGUAUUUUCCUCAUCUCUAUAGUAAUCAUCGAAAGAAUACCUGUUUAAUGUGUAUUGUUUCAUAUCAUGAUUCUAUGCAUUUAUGUUCAAGAAAACUAUUUCUCUAAACAAUCAGACCAUGGAAGACUGAAAUCUAAUUCACUUGCUAUAGGAAUCCUAAAUUAGAUUCUGUUAUAGCCUUCUGACAGCACUUCUUGCUUUUGAGCUCCAAGAAUAACACUACAUUUUCACAAACUGCAUUUUACAAUAAAGUUAAGCACUACUUAAUCAAGAAAAUUGAUUAGAAUGAUACUGUAAAGGACACAAUAGCUAAAGGUACUAGUUUUCCUAUCCAAAUAUACUUAUUUAAUAACACUAUACAAAAGCUAUGAUUUUCAGUACUGACAAUGUUCACAAGCAGGCAGUUGUGUCCUAAUGCAUUUCUGGAAUAAAUAAAAAUCUUCUCAUGUCACAUUUUUGAAAUGUCUUCUAAUAUAAAGCAAUCAUAAGUUUGAGACUACUUUAUAAUAAUUUUAGUUAGAAGCAAGUCUUCCAACUGGUUUAGCCUAAUUGAUAGGUUAAUUGGUAAAUGAUUAUUUUCUGUUGAAUAAAAGCAAUAAUCUUUUCAAGAAUGUCGCGAUUGUAGGCCACACUUUGCCUACAUCUUACGUCAUGGAUGGAAACUAUGAAACAUUACUUCCCAAUAUGUUUAGAAUUUAAUAAUUAGCACACUUACUUCCACUACCGAAUCAUGUGCCUCCUGGGUGCUCUAUAAAUUGCAAUAUUUCAAACAAAUGUAAUAACUAAUUAUUUGCUUUGUAAAUCAGUUCUUAAUUUAAAAUAUAUAUUGAAAAGGAAGCUGUUUAAAGUUUUAAAGGACUUUAAUAAACACUAAUUCCAAAUAUUUAAACCAGAGUAGAAAUAUGUUUACAAUACUGUUGGUCCUCUGUUUCCACAGGUUUGGCAUCCACAAAUUCAACCAUCCAUGGCUUUAAAAUAUUCCGGGGGGGGGGGGGGGGGAAUCCCAAAAGCAAACCUUACAGUUUGCCAUUUUAUAGAAGGGACACUGUUUUACUAUGUCAUCGCAUGUAAUGGGAUUUGAGAUUUUGUAUCCAUAGGAGUCCUGGAACUAAACCCAGGCAGGUACCAAGGGCACACUGCACAAUAUUUCUGCUCUAAGCUUUAUUUUUGUGUGUGACAAAAUACUUCCUAUUCUCAACAUUUACGUGGAAAUAUAUACAGACUCCAAGACUAUGUAUACAAUUGUUUUCUUUUGAUGUCAUUUUGUUACCAUUGCUUUGUAUUUUUCAAGGAAUUCCUUAAUCUAUUUCUCUAGAAUGGCAAUUCUCCUUUUUGGCCAGUAGUUAUUUUAUGGUAGUAAAAUAAUUGUUUACUCUCAGUUGCAAUAACUAAAUGGUGGGAGGGUUUUCUUCCUCUUUCCUAAGCCAAUACUCCCAAAUUGGUUGGAGUCAGAGGAACCAUAUCCAUUGUUUCUGCAGUGAAAAAGUCUCCAAGAAAGCAAUGCAAUAUUCUGCAUUAAUUCAACAUGUGUUACUUCCAGAUAAAUGUGUGUAAAAAUGUAGCCCGAGAAGGCUUGUAAUAAAAAUAGAAACAAAACCUGA